GGACCAAUCCCUGGCGUCUUUACAGUCUUUGAAUUACCCAUCAUCCCCCUGAAACGUGUGACCUGUCUCUGGCCUUGGCGUGUGGUACUCUGCAGCUAGUUGUCAGUGUCUGCAGGCUGUGGGGAUUAAUUAACGGUAACCGGCUUGUGUUUCUAAUCGACAAGUCUGCUAGUAAACCGGGAGCUGAGCCACAAUGCUGACAUGUAGGACAGUAUGGAAGAAGGUCGCUCCUCUGGCUAGAACUUCAUCAACGGUGUGCCGGCAAAAUGUGAGAAGAGCAGGUUUGAACAAUGGCAGAAUACCAACACGUGUACCUGCAGCUCACAUGUCCGGUGGGCUGCCAGGGGGAGGUGGGGAUAACCUAAAGUACGCCCUACUGGUUGGAGCAGCUACCGUUGGUGGCCUGGCAUAUGCGUUUUAUACUUUGAAGGGAGACCAGCAAAGAUAUCAGGAGCGUAUCACAGAAAUUUCAUCCAGAUCACAAAAACCAGCUGCAAAAGAAUCAGCCACACCCAUCCCGUCGCAGCCUCCUGCUGUAGAAGCCACUGAAACAAAAGCCACCAUUGAGCCAAAACCUGAAGCAGAGUCUUCAUCCCCGGAGCCAAGCCCUCCAGCAUCUGCCACUGAAGUAGCAGCCACCAGUGAAACAACCGAACAGCCUCCAGAACCUGCGGCACCAACACAAACCCUCACAGCAGAGUCAGUCAUGCCUGAGCCUAAAGAUGUGGCAGAGAGUGCCGUGGACUCCACACCUGCCUCUCUCAAGGUGCCCUCACACGCCUCAUACCUGCUGAUUGGUGGAGGUACUGCCUCUUUUGCUGCUGCCCGGUCUAUUCGAGCCAGAGACCCCGGAGCCAGGGUGUUAAUUGUGACUGAUGAGCCAGACCUCCCAUACAUGAGACCUCCUCUUUCUAAAGAGCUGUGGUUCUCUGAUGAUCCCAGUGUGACAGAAACUCUGCGCUUCAAACAGUGGAACGGAAAAGAAAGAAGUAUCUACUUCCAGCCACCAUCAUUCUACAUCAAUCCAGAAGAACUGGAUAGUGCAGAAAAUGGAGGAGUGGCUGUUCUCAUUGGAAAAAAGGUGGUUCAGAUGGAUGUGCGAGGAAACAAAGUAAAACUGGACGAUGAUACUGAGAUUUCGUACGACAAGUGUUUGAUUGCUACAGGUGGUAUACCAAGAAACCUACAAGUCAUCGAAAGAGCAGGAGAGGAGGUGAUGAAGAGGACAACUUUGUUCCGCAAGAUCGAGGACUUCAGAUCUCUGGACAAGGUCUCCAGAAAUGUAAAAUCCAUCACUAUCAUUGGAGGUGGCUUCUUGGGCAGUGAGCUGGCUUGUGCUCUUGGCAGGAGAUCAAUUGAGUCUGACCUGGAGGUGAUACAGAUGUUCCCUGAGAAGGGUAACAUGGGAAAAGUGCUGCCUGAGUAUCUGAGCAACUGGACAACAGAAAAAGUCAAGAAAGAGGGUGUAAAGGUCAUCACAGAAGCCUUGGUGAAAUCUGUGACCUACAAAGAUGACAAAUUAGAAAUCCAGCUGAAGGACGGCAGAUUGGUGAAAACUGAUCACAUUGUUACAGCUGUUGGCCUGGAGCCAAAUGUUGACCUUGCUAAGUCAGGAGGUCUGGAAGUGGACUCUGACUUUGGUGGCUAUCGGGUAAACGCUGAGCUGCAAGCCAGGUCCAAUAUUUGGGUGGCAGGAGACGCUGCGUGUUUCUAUGACAUCAGACUGGGUCGCAGACGUGUGGAGCACCACGAUCACGCUGUUGUGAGUGGUAGACUAGCAGGGGAGAACAUGACGGGAGCCAGCAAACCCUACUGGCAUCAAUCCAUGUUCUGGAGUGAUCUGGGUCCUGAUGUCGGCUAUGAGGCUAUCGGGAUCGUUGACAGCAGCCUACCAACGGUAGCAGUGUUUGCUAAAGCCACUGCCAAGGACACACCUAAAGCUGCUACAGAAGAGUCAGGAACUGGGAUCCGCUCAGAAAGUGAAACGGAGGACACAGCCACCAGCGCAGUGGCCUCUGCAACACCUGCUCCUGUCGUGGAGAAAAGAGACGACUACGGCAAAGGAGUCAUCUUCUACCUAAGAGACAAAGUGGUGGUGGGAAUUAUCCUGUGGAACGUAUUUAAUAGAAUGCCCAUCGCAAGGAAGAUUAUCAAGGAUGGAGAGGAGCACGCAGAUCUGAAUGAAGUGGCCAAGCUGUUCAACAUCCAUGAAGAUUAAGAUGACAAACAUUCAUGGGAGGGAGUGGGGUUUCAUGUGACGACUGAACUCUGGGACUCAUUCUCUAAGAAACAACUGGUCACGCUUACAAAUGAGAGGAUCAAUGUAAAAUAUGUUGGUGAAAUAUUUUCAUAUUUGGAAUUUAUAUCUGCUGCUCUCUUUGUUUGUUUUUGUUGUUUUUAUUUUUUCCUCCCUGCUAUCACCAAACUCAUGUGAUUGCCUAUCAGCAUUCCCCCCCCCCACCAGGCUGAAAAUGUUGCACAUGGUUCAUCAUUUCCUUCAGUGUGAUCAUGGCAGCUUGUUCUGAGAAGAGAAAAAAAAAAGCUGCAAUAAAAGCUAUUUUUAAAUCUGA